AUGCCUGCUGAAUGGUGAUUUAUGUGAUUGGGCACUUUUGAGUGGGGUAUUUAUGUUGUGAUUACUCUGGUCCCUAACUUUUGAAGAUGGAUGAAAUAUUAAACUACAGCAGCGGGGCGCUCAACCUAAGUUCUGGGGAUGACAAUUUUAGUUUCGAAGACAUCGAUGUGAGCGCGGAUGGCACCCCCAUCCUGAGGAUACUCAUCUCCGUGGUGUACUCGGUGGUCUGCGCGAUGGGUUUGGUUGGUAAUCUGCUCGUGUUUUUCCUCAUGAGAUUAAGGCAAGGUCGAAAGAGGUCCACUAUCAACGUGUUCAUCAUUAACCUGGCAGUGACGGACUUCCAGUUCGUGCUCACGUUGCCCUUUUGGGCCGUGGACACCGCGCUGGACUUCAGCUGGCCGUUUGGCGACGCAAUGUGCAAAAUCAUCCUCUCCAUCACCGUGAUGAACAUGUACGCCAGCGUGUUUUUUCUCACGGCCAUGAGUGUGACCCGCUACUGGUCAGUCGCUUCUGCCCUGAAGAAAAAAACCUACAGGAGGUCACGGUGCGUAAAGUGGGUGUGCGCGGUGCUGUGGGUGGCUGCGACCUUGGCCACGGCUCCCACAGCUAUCUUCUCCACGGUGACCGUGGUGGCCGGAGAAAAACUUUGCCUUCUCAGGUUCCCGGAGGGGCACGACUGGCUCGCUCUCUACCACAUCCAGAAAAUACUGGUAGCCUUCAUCAUCCCUCUGCUCAUAGUCUGUGUCAACUACUUGCUGCUACUGCGCUUCGUGAAACAGCGCAGCAUGGGCAGCGGCAACCGCAAACGGAGAUCCAGAGUCACCAAAUCUGUCGCCAUAGUAGUUUUAUCUUUCUUCUGCUGCUGGAUGCCAAAUCAUGCCAUCACUUUCUGGGGUGUCCUGGUCAAAUUCAACGCAGUCAACUGGGAUAAGACAUAUUACAUGGUGCACACGUACGUGUUCCCAUUGACUGUGUGCCUGGCGCACGCAAACAGCUGUUUGAACCCGGUGCUUUACUGUCUGAUGAGGCCGGAGAUAAGGAAGAUGCUCAGCGGUUUGUUUUGGAGAAGCUCCACUCCAUCCGUGAGCAGGGGCUGCGCUACGCGCUCCUUUACACAGGGAGAGACACAGGGAGUUGUGCCUCCCCAGAUCAUGGACAACGGAGAGUACUCGCUGUCUAUCAUCGACCGGAAAGGUUUAUCCUCAUCCAAGAUUAUCCAUCACACAAACCCGGUCUGAUUAAACAAUGCGAUCUGUUUGAUUCUUCUUUUUUUUUGGCUCUCGUUGUUCUGUGAUCGUGAUUAUUUGUGCGUAAACCUGAAUCAUUUUAAAGGACAUUCUAUUGCAUUUUUGUUUUCUUUUAAAAAACAAUGGUUACGUUUCGCCUUAACUUUACUGUGAAGAAAUAAAAAAAAGAGAGGGACAAAGAGAUGGGGGACAUGGGACACUGGGAUGUCCCCGUCUGGGAUUUUGUACAAA